CUUCUCAGCACCCUGCCCAGCAAUGAGUCAAAAAAACUUAAAAAUAAAGGGAGGCCUGUCAGAGGCCAGACCUGCCACACCAGAAAUCCAGGAGGUUGCUGACAAGGUCAGACCUCUGCUUGAAGAACAAACCCAUGAGAAAUAUGAAAAAUUCAAGGCCGUUGAGUAUAAAUCUCAAGUCGUUGCUGGACAAAAUUUGUUCAUUAAGAUGGAUGUAGGGAAUGGUUGCUUCCUUCACAUGAAAGUCUUCAGAGGCCUUUCUAGAGAAGAUGAUUUGAAACUUAAGGGUUACCAGACUAACAAAACCAAGACUGAUGAGCUGACCUCCAUGUGAGCAGCCAAUUCUAAAGUGGUCUGAUUCUUCUCCUUGUAAAGAGAUGCAGCCGUCAAUAAAGAAGCAAUCUUC